GCAGCCGACCAGGCAGCAAUUACGCUUUGGGGAUAAAACGAGGCGCAGAGAGCAGGCUGGGGCAGUCCUCCCCGAGAUGGCGGGUCUGACAGCGGCGAUCCCGCAGCCCAGCAUCUUGCUGAUUUCCCUGUUGAACCUCCUUCAUCCCGCACAGCCUGGAGGGGUCCCAGGGGCUGUGCCUGGUGGAGUUCCCGGUGGAGUCUAUUAUCCAGGGGCUGCUGGUCUUGGAGGACUAGGAGCAGGUCUUGGAGCUGGGGGAAAACCGCCUAAACCAGGUGCUGGACUUCUGGGGGCGUUUGGAGGUCCUGGAGGACUCGCAGGUGCUGGCCUUGGGGCAGGUCUCGGGGCAUAUCCUGUGGUGCCCGGAGGAGCGGCGGGGGCUGCUGCGGCUUAUAAAGCUGCUGCCAAGGCUGGUACUGGGCUUGGAGUUGGUGGAAUCCCUGGUGGUGUCGGAGUUGGUGGCAUCGGGGGUGUCGGUGGCUUAGGGGUAUCAACAGGUGCUGUGGUGCCCCAAGUCGGAGCUGGAGUAGGAGUUGGAGCUGGAGGAAAACCUGGGAAAGUGCCUGGUGUGGGCCUUCCAGGGGUCUACCCAGGCGGAGUGCUUCCAGGCACAGGAACUCGGUUCCCUGGUGUUGGGGUGCUUCCUGGAGUUCCCACUGGCACAGGAGUCAAGCCCAAGGCCCCAGGUGCAGGUGGUGCUUUUGCUGGAAUCCCAGGGGUUGGACCCUUUGGGGGCCAGCAGCCUGGUGUCCCUCUUGGUUACCCCAUCAAAGCACCCAAGCUGCCAGGUGGCUAUGGACUGCCCUACACCAAUGGGAAAUUGCCCUAUGGAGUGGCUGGUGCAGGGGGAAAAGCUGGCUAUCCAACAGGGACAGGGGUCGGUUCUCAGGCAGCAGCUGCAGCAGCUAAAGCAGCUAAGUAUGGUGCUGGAGGAGCUGGGGUCCUCCCUGGUGUUGGAGGAGGCGGCAUUCCUGGUGGCGCAGGUGCAGUUCCUGGAAUUGGAGGCAUUGCAGGGCCUGGGACUCCCGCAGCAGCAGCAGCAGCAGCAGCAGCAGCAGCAGCAGCAGCAAAGGCUGCCAAGUACGGAGCUCCUGGAGGCUUAGUGCCUGGUGGACCAGGAGUUAGAGUCCCAGGUGUUGGGAUCCCAGGUGUUGGUGGGCUCCCAGGUGUUGGUGGGCUCCCAGGUGUUGGAGUCCCAGGUGUUGCAGGCCCAGGCAUUGUGGGUGGACCAGGGGCUGUGUCACCAGCUGCAGCUGCUAAAGCAGCAGCCAAAGCUGCCAAAUAUGGAGCCAGAGCUGGAGUUGGUGUUGGAGGCAUUCCAACUUAUGGAGUUGGUGCUGGGGGCUUUCCUGGCUAUGGUGUUGGAGCUGGAGUUGGAGGUGUCCCUGGAGCUGGAGUUGGAGGUGUCCCUGGAGCUGGUCUUACCCCUGCGGGCCAAGCAGCCGCUGCUGCCAAAGCUGCCAAGUAUGGAGCUGGAGCCCUGGGAGGCCUGGUGCCAGGUGUAGUACCCGGAGCAAUUCCAGGUGUGCCAGGCACUGGAGGAGUGCCAGGAGCAGGGACUCCAGCAGCUGCAGCAGCAGCUGCAGCUGCCAAAGCAGCUGCCAAAGCAGGCCAGUAUGGGCUGGGUCCUGGUGUUGGCCAGGUUCCUGGUGGAGUUGUCCCUGGUGGUAUUGUUCCUGGUAUUGGAGUUGAUCCUGCUACCGGCAUUGUUCCUGGUGGGAUUAUAGGAGCAGGGACACCAGCUGCAGCCAAAUCGGCUGCUAAGGCAGCUGCUAAAGCCCAGUACCGAGCCGCUGCCGGCCUUGGGGCUGGUGUUCCUGGAUUUGGGGUUGGUGCCGGUGUCCCUGGAUAUGGAGUUGGAGCUGGUGUCCCUGGAUUUGGGGCUGGAGCAGUACCCGGAUCCCUGGCAGCAGCAAAAGCAGCUAAAUAUGGUGCUGGUGGCCUCGGAGUGCCUGGGGGUCUUGGCGGAGUUGGUGUUCCUGGUGGUGUCGCAGGAGCUGCACCUGCUGCUGCCAAAGCUGCUGCCAAAGCUGCUGCCAAAGCUGCUCAAUAUGGUGGAGUUGGUGUGGGUGGACUGGGAGCUGGAGGCCUCGGGGCUGGAGUGAUCCCUGGUGCUACGGGUCUUGGAGGUGUGUCCCCAGCUGCAGCUGCUAAAGCAGCCAAGUAUGGUGCUGCUGGUCUAGGAGGUGUCCUAGGAGCUGCCAGGCCAUUCCUAGGUGGAGGAGUGGCGGACAGACCUGGCUUUGGACUGUCUCCAAUUUACCCAGGUGGUGGAGCUGGAGGCCUGGGAGUUGGUGGAAAACCCCCAAAGUCCUAUGGAGGAGCCCUUGGAGCCCUGGGAUACCAAGGUGCGGGCUGCUUCGGGAAAUCUUGUGGCCGGAAGAGAAAGUGAUCUUCUGGGGACCCCUGACUUGCGACCUCAUCAAAGUUGGUGCUACUGCUUCAUGGAGAAUGUAAACCUUCUAUGACCACCCCCACUCCCACCCCGGACUCCAUUCCCCUGACCCCCAUCCGGAAGGGGACGGCAAGCCAGCUGCCUUGGAAACCCACAAGACAAGGAAAUGAAACAGCAGCAGCCACGUACCCCCUAACCGGAAAGACCCCCCAUAUCAAAGGCCAAGGCGGGUGCCCCAUCCCUUCCCACCCAGGAGCUCCCCCCACCCCAAACACAGUCUCCAUCUCCAAGGGAAAUCGGUGCUACACGUUGGUGCUUCUUCCUCCUGGGGGGAGGGAGGAGGGAAGGGCAGCUCAUGGGGACCCCCAUUUUCUGGAGCCCCUCUCUUAAGAUGGUGCACAUGUUUGAUGGGCAGUCACACCUCCCCCUGCCCACCAGGAGCCAUCCGUGGCUGUGUUCCGUUGGUACCCAAGUACCGGAAGCCUUGAUGCUGGAUUCGGUCACAGGGUCCCUCUCCCUUAGGGUCCCUUCCUUUACCAAUAGCUGUCCCCCACAUCAGGGGCAUCUUGGAAUCAUAAGUCUUCCCCUACACUGGGAAUAGCUUCCUUGUUCUUGUGGAAUCCACCUGGGCAUCCGUUCAUCCAUCCGUCUGUCCUGAUUCCCAGCUGACUGCCUGUACCAUUAGCUGGCAGGGUAUACCCACCAUCAACCUGAUUCACCCGUCAUGGCAGCCUGUACCCUGCUCCCACCCCCACCACACACCCCCAAUGUUGGUCCGGGGUGCAAGAGGUUGUGGGGGCUGGGGCAGGACUCUCCUCCCCACAUGCAGUACUGUAUCCCCUGUCCCUCCCUGGAGCCACUUAUUACAGAACACGUCUCACUCCCUGACCCUGCCCACCUCUUUGUGUCUCGCUGUGAUAGAUCAAUAAAUAUUUUAUUUUUUGUCCUGGA